AGCGCGAGUCAGAAGCAGAUUGUGGUAGAAGACACACGAAGAAGGGUAAUAUAGCUACGGAGUUUUUGGUGAAAAGGAAGUUCAUUUUUGCACUGAGAUUUUACUUCUUCAUAAGUGAAAAGUCGAUAUAAUUGUGGCUGUUUUUAGUGCUAGUCCAACAUUUGACCAAGGAUCUCAGUGAUAGUGUCUGGAAGAAUUUAGAUGUGACCAGAGGGUGCAGUGAUGUGAAAAUUCUAGAAUCUAGAGUAUUUGAAAAAUCGAAUCCAGCACGUCCAUUAGUGGAAAAGCAACUUGGAAACUGUAUUAGUAAUAUGGCUGAGAUUGACUAUCCCUUAGGAUUGUCCAGUGUCUGUGAUUGAAGCCCUGCCAAAAGGGUUCCUUGUGCUGAGGGUUGAAGAAAAAAGAGACACACAAGCAUAUUUUCCUCCCCGCGGGGCCAUAGUACUUCGCCCAAGAGCCAUCUUCCACCCCAUUUAUAGUCAUGGUGAGCACAACAAUCAGCCUCGUUGACACCAAAACACCCACGGCGGCAAAUCACGGCAGCCUGGGACGCGCUGCGACAGCCGGUGAAUCAUCUACGGGAGCGUCUGGUGGCGGGAACGUCGUCGGUGGUGCCCUCCUGUCCGAGCAGAUCUCGAUGCUCUUCCCCAAGUGUCGUCCGCGAAACGAUGUCAAUUUGAAUCCGGUUAACCAUCCACCCGCGUCACCGCCGUCGUCAUCGAUCUCGUCCUCCAACUCUUCGUCCGUUCGCAUCCCCCUGGCCAAGUCAUCGUCUGUGGCUACAAAUCCCUUUCUCAGCUCAACGCAUGACUCUACGGCCCUCUCCGGACGACCCGACAGAUUCAGCAAUUACUACUACGGAACCACUAGUCAAUCUUCAAUGGACUAUGGGUCUAACUAUACCACAAAUUCAACUGAGAUGAUGUCAAAGCAUUUCCAGAAACACUUUAACCACGUCCAGAGAUCAGCUUCUUAUCAUCAGAAUCCUUUUCUGAAGGACUCAGAACUGGGAUUUUGGGACCUGAGAGCACGGACUCCAAAUACUACGCCAGUCAGUACAGUGCUCAAUUCUCCAGAACUCACUGAUGCUGAGGGUGGUAUUGUUGGGUCGGGUAUAUCUGGUCGUAAUCUGGUGGGGUCCCAUCACUCGAAACCAUCCCAUCACAUUCGUGUAGGCAGGAGUCCUGUCAGUCAUGGGGAAGGGUAUUCCUUUGCUGAAUCGGUAAAUGCUCAGGCUGCAGCAGUUUCUACUUCAGCUUCAGGGAGGAGCGUUGCGGUUGUUACUGAUGGCGAGGUGGUUGUGUUCGAUGACAUAGGGGAUACUUGGCAGAAUUUGCGCAUAACAACGGAAUCGGAAAUGUCAGAGAACAAAACAAUUCAGGAGGAGAAUGGUGAGGAGGAUGACGAUGACGAUGAGGAGGAGACUGUGGAUAUUUUUGAGCACAGUCGUGCACCCAGGGAGCAAAUAAAUCACAAGAUGGGUAACCAUUUGGAUGCCACCACUACGAGAUAUGUGUCGAGCGGAAAAAAUGUCUCUGGCAUUAUUGAAUACGAUGGUUCUCCGAGGCGAUUUGGCCAUUUAGCCACAUCGAGUGCCAUCAAUCAGUACUACGAAGAGAGUGGUCAUACACCAGCCCAGAGUUACGGAUCCGUAGCCACAAAGCUCAAACCACGACCAGGUUUUCCACAGAGAAUCAUGCCAACGCCCAAGGAACCCCCCUCAACCACUGUUGACCUGAACCUGGAUCAGGAUCCCAAAAAUGAUGCCUCUGACAUACAAUCUCCCUCGGAAUACUCUCUCCCAGACCCCAAAUUGUCCACUUUUGAUUACCUUUAUGAGUUCUCAGAAACACGUAAAGUCCUCGAAGAAUUUUUCAAAUGUCCAAUAGCCGAAGAUGACAAGACUCUGGAAAAGCUCAGUGACUUCAAUGGAAGCGAUGUAGAUAGUUCGGACAUUCACUAUGAGUUCCGUGGGAGUAACAAUCAAGAGGGUGACAAGGACAAUGAGCACAAUUCCUACAGUUUGGCCGAGGGGAUGGUGACAAAAUCACCCACGGAGAAUGUAACACCAACCAGUCCUGUGAAACAGAAUGGCUUCGGGAGUAUCCAAAUGUCUGAGAGCCAUCGAGAAAUCAAUGAGUAUGACGUGUAUCUGGAUUCAGCCAGUCGCAGCAGUGGUGAACUAGGUGACACAGAAAUCAAGCACAACUCCACACCACAGAGGCACUCACGGUGCUUCAGAUAUUCACCAGAGACCACAGACUAUGAUUCCAAUUGUGGUGAUCUCGAUAGUCUCUCUGGGGAUUUCAACAGCACGACAAAUUAUCCUGCAUUUGCGCGUCACUACACAUCAAUGCCUGUACUGGAAGAUGGAUUGUCCAGUGGUCAUGCUUCGGAUACUGAAAACAACAAUCCCACAAUAUCCGUACUGAUGGGGGACAAGAAAACCACAGAGACUGUAAUUGAACCCCAGAGUCAACAGAUGAGAGCUCAAAGUAUUAUUGAUAGCCCUAUUAAGAGGUCUCCCAUAAUGCAAAAACUUGAUGAAUUCCUCCUCAAUACCAAUAAUACCACUAGGAAUGAUACCAAAAUUUCUGAAUCUGCGGAAAUACCAAUUCACAAUCUCAACACAAAUACCAUUUUCAAAAAUACCGACCCUGAACUGGAGUCCCUAUACUCAAUAAACAUGGUCCAGAUGACUCCUCCACCUCCAGCACCGGCUCCACAUAGGAAAGCUUCCGUGGCCGGAUUGGAUUCAACAGUUCCGGAUAUUCAGGCUGCCUUAAAAGAUAUUCGGUCAACCCUAAAGCGAACCAAGACCUUCCCUACGCAACAAGACAACCAUCUUCUUUCGGAAAACAUCGUUUCGUCUCCGAUAUCUACAUCACCAGUCUGGAUUCCAAGCUACCGAUGUAGGGACAACAUCCCUGAGAGCACUGAACUCGAUGCAUUGCAUGAAAAGAGCGCAAGUGGAGAAGAAGAAGAGUUGGAUACAGAUCUCGAAACUGAUCGACUCUUAGGACACCAGAGAGUAGAUGAUCAAGGCUUCUAUGAUGAGAAUAGCAAAUGGACAGAACGAAAGAGUCGCUUUAGCGCAUCAACCUUGUCAAAGUUAUCUCCGAAGGUGCCCAAAAGCAAUUCUACAUCUCUUCUCAGACAAGGUCUAAAUUCUCUUCUUCCGUCCACUCCUGAGAUCUCAUCCACGGUGCCCAAUCUCAAGUCAACCAAUAACAAUCUUGUGGACCUUGUAGGUGGAAAUAGCAAUCUAUCUUCACAGAGCGGUGUCAUUCAGAAUGUCUCGUCACCCGAGCACAAUGAUAGUGGAAGUGGAGAGAAGCAUCAGGACUUAAUUAAUGAAAGUCCUAGUGGUUCCAAUGCUUCAACAAAGGAUGGGGAGAAGAAGAAAAAGAGUAAAAACAAGGAGGUUCUUAUUGAGGGAGUCCUAUUCCGUGCCCGGUAUUUAGGGUCUACACAACUGGUUUGCGAAGGUCAACCUACAAAGUCAACGAGGAUGAUGCAGGCUGAGGAAGCUGUAUCUAGGAUCAAGGCUUUGGCUCCAGAUGGUGAAAACCAACCCAGUACGGAAGUAGACCUGUUCAUUUCGACGGAGAAGAUUAUGGUACUGAACACGGAUCUUAAGGAGAUCAUGAUGGACCAUGCCCUACGUACCAUUUCGUACAUCGCGGAUAUCGGCGACCUGGUUGUUCUGAUGGCGCGUCGACGCUUCGUACCGCAGGACGUGGACGACGGACCGAAGCCCAACCGGACGCCCAAGAUGAUCUGCCACGUUUUUGAGAGUGACGAGGCCCAGUUCAUCGCUCAGUCUAUCGGUCAGGCUUUCCAGGUGGCCUACAUGGAGUUCCUCAAAGCCAAUGGCAUUGAGGACCACAGCUUCGUGAAAGAAAUGGACUACCAGGAGGUGCUCAACAGUCAGGAGAUCUUCGGAGACGAAUUGGAGAUCUUCGCCAAGAAGGAGCUGCAGAAGGAGGUGGUAGUACCCAAGGCCAAGGGAGAGAUUCUAGGCGUGGUGAUUGUGGAAUCAGGCUGGGGAUCUAUGCUGCCCACAGUUGUCAUCGCCAAUCUUCUGUCUUCUGGCGCUGCGGCUCGUUGUGGCCAACUCAACAUUGGUGAUCAGAUCAUCGCCAUCAAUGGACUCAGUCUCGUCGGAUUGCCACUCUCCACGUGCCAGACGUACAUCAAGAACACAAAAACACAGACUGUUGUCAAAUUCACCGUCGUUCCCUGUCCUCCAGUCGUAGAGGUGAAGAUUAAGCGACCAAAUACUAAGUAUCAGUUAGGAUUUAGUGUUCAAAACGGAGUGAUUUGUAGUUUGCUGAGAGGAGGAAUUGCUGAACGAGGAGGGGUCCGGGUGGGUCAUAGGAUAAUCGAGAUCAACAAUCAGAGCGUUGUGGCUGUUCCUCACGAGAAAAUCGUCAAUUUGCUGGCCACUUCCGUUGGAGAGAUUCUCAUGAAGACAAUGCCGACGUCGAUGUUUAGACUCCUGACCGGACAGGAGAAUCCAAUUUAUAUUUAAGCUAAUGAGACAGGGAGGAGGAAAUAAACCAAGCUUCAAAAAAAAUUAAGUUAAAACUGACAUAAUGUGUUUUAGAAAUUAAUGAAAAAAGCAGCUGAAGCACUUUAUUUUAAAAAAUAUUUUUGAAGUUUUUAUUUUUUUGGGAGUAGUGAAUUGAUAUAAAACCCAAUCCAUAAUUCCACUGUUUUAACUGAUUAAAAAAAAACUAAAAAUCAUUGCUGAAGGAAUUUAAGAAAGAAGGAAUAUUCAUCUGGCCUUGCUGGGGAGUGUCUUAUCAACUCGGUUAACUAACUUAGCGAUUGUAUUUUAAAAGAUGGUUAAGAUACAAAAAAAAAUCACACAGAAUAGAAGAGAAAAUAUAUUUAGGAAGAUGAAAUAAAUAUUUUAUUGAUGAGAUUACCAACAGGUGAAAAUAUUUAAUGGAAAUCACAUACAGACAAUUUUAUCACACAAAACACAACAUUGAAACACAAUAUUCAAACGUUAAUAUUUCCCCAUAAACACAUAUCAGACGCUUUUGAUCAUCUUUGAUAUCUAUUUUUGCCAAAGAAAGUUCAAAGAUGAAUUAAUUUCUUCAUUCUUUGUGUCUACAGAAUUUCCAUAGGAAGUGCAAAAGACAGGAUCUUUGAUUAAAGAUUCAAUGAAUACUUUGAAGAUCUCUACUGAGGACUAAUCAGAUGUUGUUUCAAAAUAAGUUAUGCGACAUUUUUGUUUAAGGUUCUUAUGCUCUUUUCAUGUUCCUUUAGGUUCAAUUAUUUACUAAAAUGAUUA